UGGAGCCCGGCGGGGUGAACAAAGUGGAGCAGCCUGAGGAGAAGGCUGGGGCAGCUGCUGGUUCCCUGGAGCUCUAUCCCGCCGGCAGCUCCGGCCGCUGGUUCCACGCCGGGCAGCGCCCGCCGGACCGCCCGGCCACGGAGAGGGACGUCCCCACCAGCGUGGGCAGGGUGUCCUGCUGGGUCCCCCAGCUGGGCUCGGGGCCCUUCCGCUGCGCCCAGUGCGGGAAGGGCUUCCGGCAGAAGCAGAGCCUGAUCACCCACGAGCGGAUCCACACCGGGGAGAAGCCCUAUCGCUGCGGGGACUGCGGGAAGAGCUUCAGCCAGCGCCCCAACCUCAUCACCCACCGCCGCGUCCACACGGGCGAGAGGCCUUUCCCCUGCACCCAGUGUGGCAAGAGCUUCAGCCAGAAGGCCAACCUGCUGGCCCACCAGCGCAUCCACGCCGCCAGCGACAAGGCCCUGGCUGGGGGAGAGCAGGGGGACGGCACCCCCGGCAAAGCCAAGCUGCGUUCCCAGCCCCGGGGUUACCCCGAGGACACCCCUUUUGUCUGCCCGGAGUGUGGGAAGAGCUUCCGACAGAAACCCAACCUCAUCACCCACCGGCGCAUCCACACGGGCGAGCGGCCCUUCACCUGCUUCCUCUGCGGCCGCAGCUUCAACCAAAAGACCAACCUGGUCACCCACUACCGCGUGCACACCGGCGAGCGGCCCUUCGCCUGCGCCCAGUGCGGGAAACGCUUCACCCAAAAAACCAACCUGGUCACCCACCAGAGCACCCACACCGACCUCCGCCCCUACCCCUGCCCUCAGUGCCAGAAGUGCUUCAAGGACAAGGUGUCCCUCAAAGCCCACCAGAAGACCCACGCCCCGCGCCAGCGGCGCUGUCCCGGUCGCAGCCCGGCCAUCUGUCACCCCUACGGGGCUGCGCCCACCCUGCUCCAACCAGGGGGUCCUGAGGUGGAGACCCCUUUCCCCACGGUGCCGCCGCUGCCCCUCCAGAAGAUGCCAGAGGGGCAGGAGCUGUACCCCUGUGCCGAGAAGAGCUUCACCCCCGCCAAGGAGCCGCUGCUGCCGCCCCACG